CUCCACGUCUACUCUACGCCGGUCGUAUUCAUUAGUCGGGAAUCGUGAAAAUUAGUAUGUGCUAUGUUGGUGUGUAGUGCGAGUUUUUCGUUCGUUGUCAUCAUAAUGGAACGUUAUGCAGUUUUUACGGCUGCAGAAAUUGGCACAGGGAGUCUUUAAGAGAAAUUGGGAUUCCACAAUUUCACAGAUCAACAUGCUUCUUCGUCCAUCUACAUUUGUGCUCGUAGCAGUGACACUGGGGCUGCAUAUGGCAUCUGCAAAACGCACGUGCUUCACAAAUCUUCGCCUGAAGACCACCAGUGGAUUUGUAGAGAAGGAAUUCGAGGGCUUUGAGACCAGGGCUUUUCUUGGGACUUGCGCUACUGUUAAGAAGGAUUUGUCCUGGAAAGCUUUUAGAGCACGUCAAAAACAAAUUUGGUCCCCAAGUGAACCCAAUGGGUGGAGAGACAGCCACCAAUAUGUGCAAAUUCUUCGACAAGGAAAAUCUUGCCGGAGUGAUGACCCUGUCGUUGAUGUCAAGUACAAAGCAAGUAGCUGUGGCAACGAGGGAUAUAUGAGCAUUGGGAGACUUUGCUGUUUUAAGUGCAUCUUCGGACCUUUUACUUUAUUCCAACCCAUCGAUAACUGUGCCCCUACCGCGAGACUUCUUGGUGUCCAUAAGGGCAGUUAUCUGCAAAGCUUCAUUCCUGCACCCUUCAAGGAAAUUGUUAGACUUUAG